GGGCGGCCUCCCUCGCCCGCGUGGCACCGCAGAGAGCGGCGCCAGCGCGCCACGGCGCGGCGCCGCCUGCGAGCGGCAGGCGACCUGGACAAGUUGAAGAAGCACCACGGCAGCAGCCCGCCGUCAGCCACAGCAAGCAUGGCUCGACGAGGAGGCGCACAGUACACGGUGUGCCGCAGCUGCAACAAGUGCACCUACGACAGCACGUUGGCCAAGAACGGAUGGAAAUGCUGGCGCUGCAACGAGCUGGUCAAAUUAUCCCGGCAAAGCAACCUAACAGCGAUGUGUAGGAGCAUAUCUGGAAGCAUUCCCCUUAAGAUUUAGAUGAGAA